AUGAGAAUUCGGCUGCAGGUGCUCAGGCAUCAACUGCCGCCGACCAAGGUGCUGUGGAAGGUCGACGCUGCUAGUACCACGGCCGAACUACUCACUCAGAUCAGCGACUUCUUUCCUCUUGAAGCUGAAGGUUGGGGACUGGAGGAUUACGCUGUCCACCUUGGUGGUUAUGAGCUGUUACAUUUCCAGCAGUUGGGCGACAUCUUGAAGGAUGAUGAUGAGGUUGUGAACCUCUCAGGCAGACACCAAAUCUCGAGAGACGGCAGACAUCUCGUCGACGGCAUCGCUUUCGGACGUCCCCUACUACGCGCCCCAGUCCACGCUCCCAUCCACAUCCCUCCUCGCAAACGCGCCAGGCUCGACCCAUCCCUACAAGACUCCGACCUAGACACCGAAGAAGAUUCAAACGAGGCUCUGCAACUCGCCGACUUUGGUCCACCUCUUCAAAACACAGAACCACGCCCCCGCAGCAAGGCUCACAAGCAUGUCACCUUCAGCCCAGAAUUCCUACAAGCCGACUACGACGAUAAUGGCGACAGAAUCUUUGACGAUUGCGAUAUGGAAGACGACGAUGAGGAUGAUGACUUUGAGCCUCCUUCUGAUGACGACCUUGACAUUGGACAAGACAGAAAUAUGAAGUUGCUCGAAGACGUUGAUCAAGCCUCAGCAUCUACCUCAGAAGGGUCGUCGAGCGAUAGCGACAGUGAUGACGACAGUUCUGACUCUGACGGUGAUUCGAGUGGCAGCGAUAGUGACGCUCCGUCAGAAGAGCCUAUCAACAAGGGCAGCAGCUCCAUCGAAGCACUUCUCAAGUUCAAGAAUACUGCAGCCCCGCCUCCUAAACAGGCUCCUCCCACCAAACAAGCUGCCCCUAGUGAUGGUAAGCAGCGAACUCGUGCUAGGAACCGACGCCGCCGUGAUGCAAAGAAACUCGCAUGGUUGAAGUCAAAGGGCCAUCUGCCUGCGAAUGCCGCUCGUCAGGAUCUGAAGAAAUGGAGAGAGGAGAACGAAGAGCGUCGUGUCUCUGCUUCGCCAUCUGAUCCAGACGACGAAUCUUCCAGUUCAGAAUCGAGCUCGUCAAGCUCCGACUCGGACUCCGAAUCUGAAUCUGAAUCCGAACAAACAGAAACGGCUGCUCCACCUGCAGUCAAGAAGCCAGUACCCAUGAUACCCAGACAACUAAAGGUCAAACCUAAGGCGAAGAAGCCUCUCACAGAGCCCACAUCCGAAGAGUUCAACCAGAAGAGAGAGGCACUCCUGGCUGCUUUGCAAUCUGGUGGUAUCGAUGUCAACAAUGAUUUGUCGACACCUUCAGAAGACGCUGUCAUGAGCGAUGCCGGUCCCAGCACAAUGUCCGCGAACGAGAACAACACCACUCCGCAGCCCGAAGUCCGUAGAGCAAGGCUCGACCUGGCAAGCUCCAACCGUCUUCUGUUCAACUCUCUGGGUGUUCGCGCACCUAAGAACGACGCCGACAGACAACGCCUACAAGCUAAACUCGCUGCCCAAAAUACACGCAAGCCAAUCACAAAGCCUACGGCUGCUGCUGCUCCUGAUGAGCAGCCUACACCCGUAGAAGAGGAAGAAGGUCCUACCGACAUGGAUGCCUGGAAGUCCAAGAUUUCUCUUUCCGCUGUCGAAUGUGCACCAGGAUCAGAAGAGUAUUACUAUUCUACUCCGCCCUUCCCGUUCUACCAGCGCUGGGAUCCUAGUCAGCGUACCAAGAAGCGCAAACGCGGCUCUCAAGCUUUCGAUUCUUCCAAGCUGCAACGCACCGAAGAAGAGCUUGAGAACAGCUACAGUGAAUACUACAAUGACGGUGCUGAUGGAGAUGCCCUCAACUAUGGUGACGAUGAAGAUGAUACUGUUGGUGCAGCNUCAAGAAGCCGAUCAGGAAGCCGCUACUGCACAACUCCUGGCGGAAUCAUCAGAUGCCGCCGACUUACCACCUUGCCAUCUGAUCUUUCCACUCUGCCUCCAAUGACAGAAGAAACCAUACUGCCUGGUGCUAUCAUCGCUUUCACGCAGUUCGAAGUCUCGGCUGCUACAAACUGGGCACCCGCCAUGUCUCCUGUGCGCACUGCUUCCAUCCAACACGUUUCCGACAACAAGAGUUUGGGACUGCAAUUGGCUAAGCGUGACAUUCCUGGUCGAAAGUAUGACAAUCAGGGCCGUAGACUCUUUGACAAGUUCGAGAUGAUCACUGGCGACGAAGAGGAUGAUGAUACUGAAGAUGGCUUCCUGGAGGUCGAGCUAUCUGAAUUGAUAGAACCCAGGCUGCUCCAAGCUGCUGGCGCUGGUGAGAAGAGUGUCGACGAGAAGGAGAAACAGCCGGUACCAAAUGGGGAGCAGAGCAGCGAGAUGAUUGGUGUUGCUUUGUAA